UUCAUUUGAAUCUGCGAAACAGAAAGUAAUAGCUUCUAUCUCCUCUUAACUGCACCUCUCCUUCCUCAGAUGACGACUAAAUAAAAUUCCAGUGUGCCAAAAAUAAAUAAAUAGAAUAAAUAUAUUACUAGUAAAAGACAAAUUCAAAUUCAUAUUAUAUUUAUUUAGUAUUUUUUUUUCUGAGAUUUGUGAAUCCAAGAAAGGAAUCUCUGAUCGUUUUCGUAAUCUGAGGAGGAGGAGGAGUAGGGAGACAGAUAAAAUACCAAAAGUUAAAUUAAUUUGUCUUUUUGAGGAUUUAGUGAGGGAAGCUUAAAUUGUUUCUUUCUGAAUUUUUUUUUGCUAUUCCAAUUGAAAUAAAUAACUCGAUUUCAGAGAAAGACCAGUGGAAAAUUGCUCCAUUUUCAUGUUAAAAUGGCGGUUUCGAUGAUGGGACUGAAUGCUUGGUUUAAGAAGAAGAUCCUCGAUCCUCUCUACCUAAUUCUUAGCAGGGGUACAGAGCCAAAGCAACUGGCAUUCUCUGCAGCUCUUGGAUUUACUCUGGGAAUAUUUCCGAUAUGUGGGGUCACUGUUCUGCUGUGUGCGAUGGCUAUUGCAUUGCUUGGGCCUCUUUCCCAUGCUCCAACUGUGAUGUUAGCUAAUUUCAUUGCAACUCCUAUAGAGUUGAGUCUUGUGGUACCCUUCUUGCGCUUUGGUGAAGUCAUCUCUGGUGGAUCUCAUUUUCCAUUGACAUCUGAUGCUUUGAAGAAGGUUUUGACUGGCCAAGCUUCACAUGAUGUCUUAAUAAGCAUUGCCCAUGCAUUACUGGGAUGGCUAGUUGCAGCACCGUUUAUUUUGGCGGUACUCAGCAUGCUAUUUUUUCCAUUUUUCAAGGUAUUGGUUCGCAAGUUCACCUCUGUUCCAUUAAGCCCAAGUAGUAAAUCAUCCAAUUCAUUUACAGAAAUCAAGCUUAAGGUAAGAGAUGUUUGAUUAACAAUGUAUAAGCAUCCAAUUCCUUUGAUCAUCAUCAUCUUCCUCGGAAGGAAAAGCAGCGACUGAUUAACAUAAUUAUAAUCCAUGUACAUAAAACUUAAAACAAUUUUUUUUUCUGUAUAUAAAUGUUAUGUUGUUGUAUUCCAUUUGAUCCUUGUAUGUUAUUAUGAAAUUAUGAUUUCUUCAAUAUUAUCAGAGGCAUUUAUUUA